UCGGCUAAAACACAGAUUACUAAAGUUUCAGACAAACAAACGUCAUGAGGAGGCGGUGUUCACAGAGAAGCGUUUCCGGUACAUCAUUUCCGGCUUCGUCUGAAAUCUCGAAUUCUCUGUCAGUUCAGUUUUGUCAUGUUAAGACUCACGAGCUUUUUUCUGAAGAGAGGAGGAGGAGCUGCGCGUGCUGCACAGCCGUGUGUGCGUCUGUCCACUGGUCCACAGCGGGAACACAAAACCUUCUACGAGUUCCGCACCUACUGUCUCCGCCCAGACCAGAACGCCUCCUUCCUCAAACUGACCAAUGAGAAGAUCCACCUGCGCACCUCCCACUCACAGCUGAUUGGGUACUGGAGUGUUGAGUAUGGAGGCUUGAACCAGGUUUUCCAUAUAUGGGAGUACGAGAGCUACGCCCAGCGGGCGGCAGUGCGGGCGGCGCUGGCUCAGGACGACACAUGGAUCUCAGAAUACAUCUCCAAGGCCACGCCCAUGAUGACAAGUCAGGAAAAUGAGGUCACCUACCUGGUUCCCUGGAGCAACCUGCAGAGGGCGCCACAGGAUAACGGUGUGUAUGAGCUGGUGACCUAUCAGAUGCGUCCUGGUGGGCCGGCUGUUUGGGGCAAAUCCUUCCAGGCGUCUCUGACUUCCCAUGAUGCACCUGGGUACGGAAAGCUGUUGGGCGCCUUCCACAGUGAAGUUGGACCGCUGAACAGAGUGCACGCCCUCUGGUGGUUCCAGAGUGCAGAUGAUCGUGCUGAGCGUCGUCACAGAGCUCACAAUGAUGCACGUGUUGUGUCUGCAGUCAGAGACAGCGUCGUCCAUCUUAACUCUCAGAAGAACAAACUUUUGUACUCAUGUCCUUUCUCUCCCAUGAAGUAACUCCAUCUCCAUGGCAACACUCAACCAACGGGGCGGGGCUUGAUUACUUAACAGAAUAAUAAAAGUUAGACGUGACGAGAAGCAAA